ACACACAUUGUUUACUUUUAUAUUUUUGUAGUGGAAAGGUAAACACAGAAAGGUUAAAAGUAGGGACGGAUUUUAUAUAUUCAUAUAUUACUGUUUACACAUUUGCUAGUAAUAUCAACUGGACUAAACCUGGUACACUGAUCUGUCGAGUAAGAGAAAAUGGAAUGGGAAAAGAAAGAGAUCCGCGAUGAGAAAGGAGUAGGUUUAAGUGUAUUGCAGCAUGAAGACCUAAUCAUGCCGACAUUCUUUGAGCAUAUGGAAGCUGAGAAAAGACUCAAAAUGAUUCGUGAAUUUAAACACAGGAAAGGAGAUAUUCUCUUAUGCAGCUAUCCGAAAACAGGUACACACUGGUUAUCAAACUUGGUAUAUUUUCUGGUUACCCCCGGACCUGUACAGUCUCUAAAAACUGUACCACCAAAACUGAUGGAUCUGAUCCCACUUGAUCGAUGGGAAGAAGUUGAAAAGAGCCGAAUCCUAAGUUCUCACUUUAAGAUUAAUCGACAGCCUAUCGAACAUUUAGAGCAGGGAGGAAAGGUUAUCGUCAUAACCCGUGAUCCUAGGGACGCAAUGGUUUCAAUGAAGUAUCAUGUACAGAAUGACGAACGGCUCAGCAAUGCACCCGUAUCGUGGAAUUUCUUUUUUGACACCUGGAUGAACGGAAAAUGUCCUUUUGGUUCUUACUUUGACUAUUACAACUCCUGGGAGAAGGCUAUGAAAGAAAACAAGAACCUCAACGUGCUCAUCGUUCACUUUGAGAAUUUGAAGAAUAAUGGAUUAAAAGAACUGCAAAGAAUUCAAGACUUUCUGGAAGUAAGUAAUUCAGAAGAGCGUCUAAAGGAAAUUUUAGAUAGAUGUACUGUGAAAAAAAUGAAAGAAGACAUAGAUACGGGAAAAGUUGUUUCGAGUCUAAAAGAUAAGGAUGGGAAAUCUUUCUUAUACAGGAAAGGUGAAAUUGGUGAUUGGAAGAAUCAUUUUACAGUUGCUCAGAGCGAAUUCUUCGAUAACGUUUUGGAGGAAAAGUUUAAAGACAGCAUCUUCAAACUUUGAAUUUCUUGAUCAAUAAAAACGAUGUGCACUGUUUAUUGAUUGUGAAUUUGAUCGUAAGGAAAAAAAAACAAUAAACACAUCUGUUUUCUUCCAAAAACAAAUUGAGACAGCAAAACAAUCAACAAUUCCCUUUCAGGGAUAGAUACGUUACAAGUCAUGUCUCAAUGAUAACAUGUGAAAAUACCACAGCAACCAAUGGUACUGUGUCGCAUUUAAAUAUUCGCCGUUCGAGAUUAUAUUUACAUGUAUAAUGCAUUGUAAUUAUAUUGUUUGUAUGUAUUUGUCACAUGGAAUUCAAUAUAUCUAAAUUCAAAAAGAAAAAGACUACAUGGAUUAAAAUACAAAAGAAU